CCACCGCGGCCACCGCAGCCCGGCAGGUCACCCUCUGCCAUCAUGAUGGAGAAAGGGCCCCCCAACUCCAGCGAGGGCCAGCAAGGCUGGUUCUCAGCCAGGAAUGGCAGCGGCAGCUUCUUGGAUCUGGAGCCUGUGGUGCGACCCCUCGCCCUGAACCCGUGGGACGUCCUCCUCUGCAUCUCGGGGACCAUCAUCUGCUGCGAGAACGCCAUCGUGGUGCUGGUCAUCUUCCACAGCCCGGCUUUCCGCGCCCCCAUGUUCCUCCUGAUCGGCAGCUUGGCCACAGCCGAUCUCCUGGCGGGUUUGGGGCUGAUCCUGCACUUUGCCUUGGUGUACCUGAUCCCGUCGGAGGCGGUCAGSCUGCUCACCGUGGCACUGCUGGUCACCUCCUUCACGGCCAGCGUCAGCAGCCUGCUGACCAUCACCAUCGACCGCUACCUGUCCCUGUGCCACGCGCUGACCUACUGCUCGGAGCGCUCGCUCACCAGGACCUACAUCAUGCUGGUGCUGAGCUGGGGMGCGUCCCUGAGCCAGGGAAUGCUGCCCGUGCUGGGCUGGAACUGCCUGCAGGAGCCUUCCUCCUGCAGCAUCAUCAAACCGCUGACCCGCAGCCACCUCAGCCUGCUCUCGGUGUCGCUGCUGGCGGUGCUGGCGGCGGUGUUCCAGCUSUACCUGCACAUCUGUCGGGUGGUGUGCCGGCACGCCCAGCAGAUCGCCGUCCAGAGGCACUUCCUGGGCAGCUCCCAGGAUGUCAGCAGCCGGAAGGGCAUCGCCACGCUGGCGGUGAUCCUGGGCACGCUGCUGUCCUGCUGGCUGCCCCUGGCUGUGUAUGGACUGCUGGGGGAUCCCAGCAGGGACCCUGUGCUCUACACCUACGCCACGCUGCUCCCCGCCACCUCCAGCUCCGCGCUCAACCCCGUCAUCUACGCCUUCAGGAACCAGGAGCUGCAGCGGGUGCUGUGGGCCGUGUGCUGCGGGUGCUGCUCCUCCGCGCCGCCGUUCCGCUCCCGCUCCCCCAGUGACGUGUGACAAAGCCCUCCCUGCACCUUCCACGCACCGGCUGCACUCGGGGGAUUGCCUUUGAUCCCCCUCUUCAUUGCCGGAGCUCUUGGAAUCCAGCAGCUCUUCCCAGCCUCACCGUUUUUGGGCACAACCCCUUCUUUUUCUCUAUUUUUCCCCUUUUUGAAUAGAGAGAAAAACAUAUUUUUUAUCCAUAAUAUAAUCUAUAUUUAUGUGUCAGAGAGAGAGGGGGGUGAUCCUCAUAUUUUCUUUAAAACUAUUUACGAUGCUUUAUUUUUUUAGGGGUGGGGCAACACCAGGAACAUUUGUCCUCCUCUUGCUUUUUUUAGAGCCUCGUUAUUUACCUCAGAUAAUUAAAAUAUAUUUUAUGCGUUUGGGGAACGGGGGGAGAAACACAUUGCCAGAGGAGGGGACUCAAUCCCCCCUGCUUCUCCCGGCUGUCCGUUCAUUUAUUUAUUUUUUAAUUAUUAUUUAAUUUGAUUUCCGUGCCUCYCUCCCACCGCCCAGCACCGGGCCCUGCUGCCCUCUAGUGCUCGCUGCCUUCAGGAGGGGGAACUGCCGGAGGUUCUGCACCCCAAAACCGCCCCUUUUGGGGUCCCCUGAGCGCUGUCACCCCCCUCCCUCACAGCACCCAAAGCCUUUCUUUGCACUGGGACUGCAUUUGCACAUUUCUGGGCUGGGGAGAUGGAUGUGAAUGGCCCUGGGGAUGGGGAGCCCUGGG